UCAACGCGAAAGGGGAAGGAAAAAAAAUGUUUCAGGGGAAAAAUCUGGGCUAUAUUUCUAUUAGUAGGCGGGCUCGUCGUGAAGGGAACAAUUGGGUCGACUUUGCCAGGGAGCCACCUCAAAGCGUAUCGGGUUACUUUGAGUGACAGCGUAACCAUGGCAAAUAAUUUGACUAAGGCUAUUGUCUUAUCCUCACCAUCCCGGGGUCAGAUAUCCGACCAAUCAGAGUUCAUAUAAUCGCUUGUCUUGCCAACUUAGAAUAAUAUUAUUAAAACGAGACAGCGAGCCUGGUCUCAGUGAGCAGUUCAUGUUGAAACGGCAUAGAAAAGGUGGAGGAGGACGGUGGAAGGAGUAGCAACUUUCUUUCUUUCUCAGUAACUUUAUAAGGAUUUGUCGCCCGAGGUUUUGCAUGGCUGAAUAGGUUUGAUCGCAGCGCGCAGCUGGAUAUUGCCAAAUCUUUAGCAGCUCUAAGUUUCAGCCUGCUCUUUUUGGGGGACCUUUUGACACUUAUGGACUUAAUGCUGUUUGAUUUAACGAGAGACUGAGAGGAGAAACGUGGAAGUAAGGCACCUUGUAAUCUGCCUUGGUUGACGCUAUCGCCAUGUCCAUGCUUCCGACGUUUGGUUUUACGCAGGAGCAAGUGGCGUGUGUCUGCGAAGUCCUCCAGCAAGGGGGGAACAUUGAGCGACUGGGGCGCUUCCUCUGGUCCCUCCCGGCGUGCGAGCACCUCCACAAGAACGAGAGCGUCCUCAAAGCGAAGGCUGUCGUCGCCUUUCACCGGGGCAACUUCCGAGAGCUCUACAAGAUCCUGGAGAGCCACCAGUUUUCGCCGCACAACCACCCCAAGCUGCAGCAGCUGUGGCUCAAAGCGCACUACAUCGAGGCGGAGAAGCUGAGAGGCCGUCCGCUGGGCGCCGUAGGGAAGUACCGAGUCCGGAGAAAGUUCCCCCUGCCCCGCUCCAUCUGGGACGGAGAGGAGACGAGCUACUGCUUCAAAGAGAAGAGCCGGAGCGUCCUGCGGGAGUGGUACACCCACAACCCCUAUCCAUCCCCGCGGGAGAAAAGAGAGCUCGCCGAGGCCACGGGACUCACGACCACACAGGUCAGCAAUUGGUUCAAAAACCGACGGCAACGGGAUCGAGCAGCGGAGGCAAAGGAAAGAGAAAACAACGAGAACUCCAACAGCAACAGUCACAACCCAUUGACUUCUUCCAUGAAUGGAAAUAAAACUCUAUUGGGGAGCUCGGACGACGACAAAACCCCCUCGGGAACCCCGGAUCACACGUCCCAGAGCCCGGCUCUGCUGCUGGGCUCGAACCCCGGCUUACCGUCCCUCCACGGGCUCGCGCCCCCGCCGGGACCCAGCGCCAUCCCGGUGCCCGGCGGCGGAGAGCCGGUGCACCACCACCACCACCCCCUGCACCACGACACCAUACUGAACCCUAUGUCAUCCAAUCUAGUGGACCUCGGCUCUUAAAAAAAAAAGGAGAGAUAAAGAGCAACUUUUUUUUUUUCUGUCUUUCCCGGAGAGUAAAUUUACGAGGUGGCGUGAGCAAAAGCUUCAAGCACUUGCGGCAAGGUGCGCAGCAGACUGACCGGAACACCGCAACCAAUCGUUUAGUUUCACCUUCAACUUUGAUUUUUUUCCCCCCCAAACAAGUGGGUGAAAAAAAAUCUGCUCGUGGAUGCAUUGCCUGUUUUUCUCCCCCAAAGUGAACGUCCACUUGCUUGAGGGUUUUUUUUUUUUUUUUCUUGCAACACGUGUCUUGUCGAGCAGAGCACUUAAGAACGUCCCUUAGAUGAUCAACAGGUAGCACAUCCUCACGCCACUGGUAUAAGGUUGCUUUAAUUCGCUUGAAGAAAAUAUGAUUGGGAUAGAGAGAAAGAAAGGCAGACAACAGAUAGUAUCCUAUACCGGAAUGUAAUAACGUGACAUGUUAUUUUGUUGAAAACAAUAACAAUAAAGUGUCUUAAUUCUUGUUACUAUCACCGCUGUUACUUUAGGAGGACAGGCUAUCACCAGAAUGUAGGCACUAUGUUAAAGAUACCCCCUGCUUUUAUGUUUACAUUUGGUGUUUUCCAAGAGAGCCAUCAGCAGUCUUUUUCUGGUUGUUCUUUUUUCUUUUUCUUUUUUGUUUUUAAAUGAGUUACUUCGUUUGCUCGUUUGGAGGAGGGCCUGGUGGAUUAUGUUUUUUUUUCCAAGUGUCUUACGAGAGCCGUAAUAAGAUGAAGUAUCUUAAUCUUGAUAUUGUUAGUAUUUACAUCUUCAUUUGGAAAGAGACUGCAUGUAAACUUUGCGAUAAAGGAUUAACCAUAAAGCGACUCAUCUAUAGUUUCAUAUACCAUUUACAAUAAAAGAAAAAGACGUACAAGAAUUAAAUUCGACGAUUUCUUUGAUUCUCAAUGACUGCUGGCGUUUUUGUUUUGAAAAAGAGAAGCAGCCUGUUGACAUUUGCCGCCUCAAAAUCUCUGAAUGGAUCAUAAAUAAACCCAAAUAUUCCUUCCAUACUUGUUUAGGGCACCAACGGACAGAGAGCAGCGAAAUUCUUUGGAUUCUGAUUGUUAUGUGGGCAUUUCUAUUUUCAGUUUAUUUGUUUUAUAUGUUUGGGGCGUUGGAACUUUUAGGGAAAACCCUUUAUGGAAUUUUAACUGCAUGCUUAAAUCCAGAAUUACUUUUAUUCUCAGUCCUUUUGAGAGUAACUUGAACCACUAGUCGAUUGAAGGAAAAAAGUCGUUGGAAUAAUGUUUGAUCAGAUUACCUAAACAGCAACAAUCUUUGUACUUUUACAAGUUUGUCUGCAGAGAAAAUACAUCACGGGGUCCAUGUCUGCAUAGUGAAAUCAGAAAUGCUGCAAAAUAAUGUCUAAAUUAAGAAGGCUUUCCCCACUAACCUAACCUAAUUAACCAACUAGUGAUUGCAGCUCCGCGAACGAUUGAAAAACUUUGAAAAACAAGGGCUGAGGAGCCUUAAAAUGUGUGAAACGAACAUUUGCAGUGCUGUGUAUACAACGACUCUGACUGAAGGCUAUUAAGCAAAUUGAUCGAUUGAGUAGUUGGUUCCAGUUCGUCAGAGAUCUAAAAACCUAAAAGCUCAUGCACGUAAUUUUUUGCAAAUGCAAACAAUUUUUAAAAACAGAGCUUGGAACAGGGAAAAGCUCUCACUCGAUGUAGUACUUUGUAAAAACAACACAAGAUAAGAGGCUGGCAUGUGGCCUUUGCAGGCAGAGCUGGAUGACACCUCAUCUCUCCGCGCUCCGCUGAAAACGAAGAGCCGUAGAGUUUAUCUGGGGAAGAAAAAAAAUAAAGAAACGAGAAACUGGCGUUGAAAGAAGCCACUUUGUUUGAACACCUCCAGCUCCCCGUCACUCCGCCUGAUGCCUGAACUGUUUGUGGAGAGCUGAGCUCCAUCUUGCCUGCGUAACGGACCUUCAUGGAAAGCCUCAGCACCUGAGCCCCUCAGACUAUACGUCCCUAAAUAAUCAGCCUACAAUGAGAUAUGUAUAUAAAUGUAACUCUCAAUAGAUUUCUGUUGACAUCCUCCAGCUGCUUUAGUCACGUUGCCCCCGGCCUCAGAUCGUGCUGCCCACAGCUCG